AUGAAUGAGUCAUUUCGCCAAAUACCCGGUCUUUUCAUGCCGAUAAACUCGGUGGUAAAGGACCAAGCUGGAUAUACGGAUUUCGUGUUCAAAGGAAAAUCCGAACAGAUGCUCAAAGUAUGUGAGUACCUGGACGAACGUGGCUUCAUACCAAAGGAUCUUGUAAACAAUGAAGUUUCUUGGUUCUACGGAAACCUUGGUAUUGAUGACAUGUACUUUGGCGGUGAAAGUGUUGAAACCAUCGCUAAUCAUAUUCUAGCGUUAUACGGCGCAAAGAUCUUCGCCUAUACAAAAAAUGAAAACGCGCUUGAUAUUAACCUUGAACGCGAAACCGAUGAUGGAGCUGUCUACAUUCACACUUCAAGCCCCGGUGUCUCACAAUUGCAUGGACCUCAACAUGAAAGAAGAAUUGAUGAAAGAUAUCUUGAUGUAAGUACCACCAGUCGAGCCUACCGUCUAGAAUCUUAUCGUUCGCACGGGAACGUAUCCCCAUCAGUCAACACGCAGCUUCGUUGUUACUUUGUGGCUAAAUGUGAUUUCGUGAAACUUGAUCCAACUCCCGAGGAAGAAACUGAUAUUCGUGUUGUAGGCGACAAAACAUUUUUGGAAAGAGCCACAGAAAACACUCUGGAAAUUUAUCAGAAUAUUAUGAAAACAGUGUUGUCCAGGACUGGUCCCGUGAUUGAAAUGUUUGAAGUGGAAGCCAGUCGUGAACGUCGUCUUGUGAUUGGAUAUCGACAGCAUAGUACACAAUCAUUCUUUUCCGCUAUGUCUGAUCUUUAUCAUUUUUAUAAUUUAUACUCUACGCGUAAAUAUGUUGAGCAAUUCUCUAAUGGCGUCACUAUAAUGAGUUUAUAUUUGAACCCAUUGCCAAACACACAAUCCGCACCAAUUGAGCACACAAUUCAUCAAGUAAUCAAAGAAGCGUCAUUGAUCUAUUGUCUUCCCACCACGCCAUUGCAAUCAUUCUUCCAAACUGGAACACUUUCCGUGCAAGAAGCAAUUUACGGCUACGUAGGUUGGAUUUUCUCACAGCAUUUUCUCAAUCGACUUGGUAAUGAAUAUGUUAGUUUGGCAAAUAUCAUGGAUAAUAAUAAUCCUGUCCAUGUGGAAGUUCUAUCAAAGAUCAAAAAGAGAUUACGUCAAGACACGUUUACUCGUGAAUACGUUUUGGAUAUUGUUAAACGGUAUCCGGAGUUGAUUCAUUGGUUAUAUAUUAAUUUUGCCUUGACGCAUUAUGUCAAUCCGCGAGCUCAACCCCUAGAACCAAGUUUAUCAUAUCAACGGUUGCAAACUGAUGUCGUACUUACCGAUGAUGAACUGCUGGACAAGAUUAAAAAAACCACCAGCAACACCCACGAGCUCAUGGUUUUUGAAUCAUUCUUGAUAUUCAACAAACAUUGUCUAAAAACAAACUUUUAUCAACCAACAAAAGUGGCAUUAUCAUUUCGCCUUGACCCCUCUUUCCUCCCAGCCAUUGAAUACCCCACGAAACUAUUUGGCAUGUUCAUCGUCAUCGGUUCGGAAUUUCGUGGAUUUCAUUUACGUUUCCGCGAUGUAGCACGCGGUGGUAUUCGUAUAAUUCGAUCGAGAAACAAGGAAGCCUACAGUAUAAAUCUUCGAUCGUUGUUUGACGAGAAUUACGCGUUGGCCGCUACGCAACAACGAAAGAACAAAGAUAUUCCGGAAGGCGGGUCCAAAGGAACAAUCCUUUUAGAUAUCGGCCAGCAAGAUAAGGAUAGAGUCGCAUUUGAGAAAUAUGUUGAUUGUAUACUCGAUCUCCUGAUUGUCGGAAAGACUCCCGGAAUCAAGGAGGUGAGUAAUGACCGUCGCCAUCGCAUUGCAAAAGAUUCACCACAAUUGUUUGGUCAAUAUGAGAAAAUUGUUGAUUUAUAUGGCAAACCAGAAAUCUUAUUCUUUGGUCCCGACGAAGGAACAGCAAACUUCGUUGACUGGGCAAGCGCACACGCAAAGAAACGAGGUGCACCCUUCUGGAAAGCCUUCACCACCGGAAAAAGUCAAUCGAUGGGUGGAAUACCGCACGACAUGUACGGUAUGACCACCCGAUCAGUACAUCAGUAUGUGCUGGGAAUCUAUCGAAAGUUGGGUCUUAAGGAAGUAAAAAUCACCAAAUUCCAGACUGGUGGUCCGGAUGGCGAUCUUGGAAGUAAUGAAAUAAAGAUUUCAAAGGAUCGAACUGUUGCCAUUGUUGAUGGAAGUGGUGUCUUGUGUGAUCCGGAAGGAAUUGACCGUAUAGAAUUGAAGCGACUUGCAAAUGAUCGAUUAAUGAUUAAUCAUUUCGAUCUAUCGAAAUUAUCACCUAAAGGAUUCCGGGUGCUUGUAGAUCAGUCAAAUGUCAAAUUACCAAAUGGACAAGUGAUAGAAGAUGGUCUUGUAUUUAGAAAUAACUUCCAUUUAACAACACUUGUGUCUGCCGACUUGUUUGUACCUUGUGGUGGUCGACCAGAAUCAGUAGAUCUCAACAAUGUAAACCUUUUACUCGAUCUUCACGGUAAACCAAGAUACAAAUAUAUCGUUGAAGGUGCCAAUCUCUUCUUCACCCAAGAAGCCCGUCUUCGUCUCGAACAAGCGGGUGCUAUCAUCUUUAAAGACGCCUCGGCAAAUAAAGGAGGCGUCACGUCAUCCUCACUUGAAGUUUUAGCUGCUCUUUCAUUAACUGAUGAAGAGUUCGCUAAAAACAUGCAAGUUAAAGAAGGAAUAAUCCCACAAUUCUAUCAAGAAUACAUCAAAGAAGUGCAUCGUAUCAUUGAGAAAAAUGCUGAACUGGAAUUCGAGUGUAUAUGGCGCGAGCACCGAAGAACCAGCAAAUCACGAUCAAUCAUCUCGGACGAACUAAGUCUCGCGAUUGUGGAUCUCAACGAGCAACUUCAACAGUCUAUUCUCUGGCAAAAUGUCAAUCUACGAAAAGCGGUGCUUCGUGACGCGUUCCCACAGUUGUUGCUCGAUCGAUUGGGAUUGGAUACUUUGUUGGAGCGAGUGCCUGAAGCGUAUGUACGUGCAAUCUUUGGAUCAUACCUUGCGAGCCGCUUCGUCUAUAAAUAUGGAACACACCCGUCGCAGUUUGCUUUCUUUGAGUUUAUGAAUCCUUUCUUUGCUAAGGUUUCCGAGUUUGGGCAGUUUAGUAACUAA